UAGGCAUAAGACAAUACCAGCCUCGACACCGAAACAGAACAGGGUGUCUAUCAAAGUAUUGCGCUAUUCACCACCAUCAACAUGGAUCAGAAUGACGGGAGUAAGAAAGUGGACACCACGCUUCUGAUGAGGCGUGCGUCUACGUCCAUCAUUAAUUGCACCAAAUGCAGCGUAUUCGACUUAGAUUCAGAGAAUGGCAGCAAAGGGGAUCUACAUAGUAAAACCGCUUCAACAACGACACCACCACCUGUGAGGCGUCCGUCGAGAGUGAACCAGAUGUGCCACGUUCAUUCGCAUCCGAUACUUCAUGAUACCUCUGCGAAUGUCCGUCGAAUGCGGUCGAUAGAAGGCUUUAAGAAGGAGAAGGUGAACUACAUCACCUCCGGCAGUAUCGCUCAGAAUGUAUCUGUCAGAAUCAGAGAACUCAAUCGGAUUUCGAGUCAUAAACUACCCGAGAGCAAUGGGCAGCAUGCACAGCUACCUCAGCCCAAGCGCAUGUCUAUGAUGCGUCAGGGCUCAUCGCUUCUGCACAACAAACGAUGUGUCAGUGAUGGCAGCGGCAAUAGCGCACUCAUAGUCCCCAAGGUCGGGCAAAGGGGCCAUCCUCUGGGAUGUUCCGACAG